AUGCCAAAAUAUUUAUGCGACUAUUGUCAGGUCUGGUUGACACACGACAGUCAAUCUGUUAGAAAAGCUCAUAAUGCAGGCCGCGCUCAUUUACAAAACGUCCAGGAUUAUUAUACGAGAGUUGCUCAAGAAGAGGCCCAGAAAAGACUUGAAGAAGAUUCAUCACGGGGCGGUUUAAAGGAGUCAAGCUCUUUGCAGCUGCCCUUAGCAUAUGCUUUUCCUCCUAAACUCUAUCAAUUUCAGUUUACUUACCCGCCGCCGCCUAAUAUUGUGCCAGCAAACGUUUAUAUGGCACCAAGAAGUUCAGUCCCAACUACUGCGCCUAUGCCGUAUAUUCCUGCUGCAACUACCUUCAACACACCAUAUCCUAAUGCUUCGACUACUACAGCGACAAUGCCUGUUGCAAAUGCAUCACCCGACGUCAAUGUCGCUCAGCCCUUUACGCAUAACGGUCCACGUCCUCGGACACUGAACAAUCCCCAAAUGACUGGAAAACAACAUCCCUAUCAUUAUAAAAAGCAAUCCUAUGCACGCUCAUCGAGAACUUGA